CAAUUCUUUCCUUUCCAUUCUAAAUUUUAGUACCUUUUACAUUCAUUCAUGAUGACUGCUUCACCUACAUCACUCAAGGCCCUUAAUAUUUUAGUUAAUUCACCUGUGUCGCAAGAUAUGAUUCAUAAGCUUGUGGUGGCUACUUUACAAGUCUUACCAUGUCAGGAAUCAAAAUAUCCUUCUCCACCAUCAUCUCCUGAAUCCAGAGAAAGACAACUUCCUUCUCUCAUGACAUUUCUCACCAAACUUGUCAGAUAUACAAACGUCUAUAGUGGAACUUUAUUGGCAACACUUGUGUAUUUGAACAGAUUGAAGAAUAAAUUACCAAAGAACGCGCAAGGUUUACCUUGUACCAGACAUAGAAUUCUUCUUUCUUGUUUGAUUUUAUCUUCAAAGAAUCAUAAUGAUUCAUCCCCAAAGAACAUUCAUUGGGCCAAAUACACCGAUGGAUUAUUCUCAGUCAAAGAUAUUAAUUUAAUGGAAAGACAAUUAUUAUUUUUGCUCAAUUGGGACUUGAGAGUCUCAAACGAAGAGAUGUGUUUACAUUUGGCAAAGUUCUUGGAACCAAUCAAGGAAGAUAUAACUAGAACUCACCACAUGAGAAGAUACUUACAAAAGCAACAAAUUCAACAACAACAACAACAUCUGCCAAGACAAAGAAGAAGAUCAUCUUCAGACAAGUACAUUGCAAGAUCGAAUUCAAACACUUCAAACUUCAGUAUGCACAACAGACAAGAUUCUACAUCAUCUAUUUCAUCUGUAUCUUCCCAUGAAUCAUCUCCCGAUGCUAAUAUGUUAUCUAAGCAGAAGAUAGUGACGAUUCCUGCAAACUCUGACUUUGGAGGUGUACUUAAAAAGGAGACUGUUGAUCCAAGAAUCGAAAUUACUGCAAGAAGGGAAGAACAAGAACUUAAAAAGAUGCUUGACCAGUACGCAAAGAAUAACUCUAUUCCAACAAACGCAUACUAGUUCACAACUUUGCAUACAUACAUUCAAUUCUGGUUUAAAGGUUUUUAUUAUAUAUUGGGUAUUUUUUUUCUAUAAUAUUACAAUUGGGGUUUAUCAUUUAUU